GUAGCGCUGCGCCCAGCCCCAUCGGACCUCAGGAGCCGUCGCCGUCCUUCCUCCGCGGCCCCUCUCCCUGACACUCUCAGCAGCCGCACGUCCUGGUCGUCCGCAGAAGCCUUAGCAGCAGGAUGGAACUGGAGUGAGGCGCAGGGGCUGAGCACUGCUGACCGGACGUGGGACGCUGGUGGUUCGCGGGUCACUGAGGCUGGACACCGUUCAUGGCUCUCGGGUAGAACCCAGUGACACGGCCAGAAUGAAUUCUAUGGACAGGCACAUCCAACAGACCAAUGACCGACUACAGUGCAUCAAGCAGCACUUACAGAACCCUGCUAACUUCCACAAUGCCGCCACAGAGCUGCUGGACUGGUGUGGGGACCCGCGAGCCUUCCAGCGGCCCUUCGAGCAGAGCCUGAUGGGCUGCCUGACGGUGGUCAGUCGGGUGGCAGCCCAGCAAGGGUUCGACCUGGACCUCGGUUACCGACUGCUGGCGGUGUGUGCUGCAAACCGAGACAAGUUCACUCCGAAGUCUGCAGCCCUGCUGUCCUCCUGGUGCGAGGAGCUCGGCCGCCUGCUGCUGCUCCGACAUCAGAAGAGCCGCCAGAGCGACCCCCCCGGGAAACUCCCCAUGCAGCCUCCCCUCAACUCCAUGAGCUCCAUGAAACCCACUCUGUCGCACAGUGAUGGGUCAUUCCCCUAUGACUCUGUCCCUUGGCAGCAGAACACCAACCAGCCUCCCGGCUCCCUCUCCGUGGUCACCACGGUUUGGGGAGUGACCAACACGUCCCAGAGCCAGGUCCUCGGGAACCCUAUGGCCAAUGCCAACAACCCCAUGAAUCCCGGCGGCAACCCCAUGGCAUCGGGCAUGACCACCAGCAACCCCGGCCUCAACUCCCCCCAGUUUGCUGGGCAGCAGCAGCAGUUCUCGGCCAAGGCUGGGCCCGCUCAGCCCUACAUCCAGCAGAGCAUGUACGGCCGGCCCAACUACCCCGGCAGCGGGGGCUUCGGGGCCAGCUACCCUGGGGGCCCUAACGCCCCCGCAGGCAUGGGCAUCCCUCCGCACACCAGGCCGCCCGCUGACUUCACUCAGCCAGCGGCUGCUGCCGCGGCAGCUGCAGUGGCGGCAGCGGCGGCCACGGCCACGGCCACGGCCACGGCCACUGUGGCAGCCUUGCAGGAGACACAGAACAAGGAUAUAAACCAGUAUGGACCGGUCUGUUCCUCUUUCCAGAUGGGUCCCACCCAGGCGUAUAACAGCCAAUUCAUGAACCAGCCCGGGCCACGGGGGCCUGCCUCCAUGGGGGGCAGCAUGAACCCCGCAAGCAUGGCGGCUGGCAUGACACCCUCGGGGAUGAGCGGCCCUCCCAUGGGCAUGAACCAGCCCCGGCCGCCUGGCAUCAGCCCCUUUGGCACCCAUGGGCAACGGAUGCCCCAGCAGACCUACCCGGGGCCCCGGCCCCAGUCCUUGCCUAUUCAAAGCAUAAAGAGGCCAUACCCGGGAGAGCCCAACUAUGGAAACCAGCAAUAUGGACCAAACAGCCAGUUCCCCACCCAGCCAGGCCAGUACCCCACCCCCAACCCCCCGCGGCCACUCACCUCUCCCAAUUACCCGGGGCAAAGGAUGCCCGCCCAGCCGAGCACCGGGCAGUACCCACCCCCAACAGUCAACAUGGGGCAGUAUUACAAGCCAGAACAAUUUAAUGGACAAAACAACACCUUCUCGGGAAGCAGCUACAGUAACUACAGCCAAGGGAACGUCAACAGGCCUCCCAGGCCGGUUCCUGUGGCAAAUUACCCCCACUCACCUGUUCCAGGGAACCCCACGCCCCCCAUGACCCCCGGGAGCAGCAUCCCCCCGUACCUGUCCCCCAGCCAAGACGUUAAACCGCCCUUCCCGCCUGACAUCAAGCCAAAUAUGAGCGCUCUGCCGCCACCCCCAGCCAACCACAACGAUGAGUUGCGGCUCACGUUUCCGGUGCGGGACGGCGUGGUGCUGGAGCCCUUCCGCCUGGAGCACAACCUGGCUGUCAGCAACCAUGUCUUUCACCUGCGGCCCACAGUCCACCAGACACUGAUGUGGAGAUCUGACCUGGAGCUGCAGUUCAAGUGCUACCACCACGAGGACCGGCAGAUGAACACCAACUGGCCAGCCUCGGUGCAGGUCAGCGUGAACGCCACACCCCUCACCAUCGAGCGCGGCGACAACAAGACCUCCCACAAGCCGCUGCACCUCAAGCAUGUGUGCCAGCCGGGCCGCAACACCAUUCAGAUCACCGUCACGGCCUGCUGCUGCUCCCAUCUCUUCGUGCUGCAGCUGGUGCACCGGCCCUCUGUGCGCUCCGUGCUGCAAGGCCUCCUGAAGAAACGCCUCCUGCCCGCCGAGCACUGUAUCACAAAAAUCAAGCGGAAUUUCAGCAGUGUGGCUGCCUCCUCGGGCAACACGACCCUCAACGGGGAGGAUGGCGUGGAGCAGACAGCCAUCAAGGUGUCUCUGAAGUGCCCCAUCACAUUCCGGCGCAUCCAGCUGCCCGCUCGAGGUCAUGACUGCAAGCAUGUCCAGUGCUUUGACCUGGAGUCGUACCUGCAGCUGAAUUGUGAGCGAGGGACCUGGAGGUGUCCUGUGUGCAAUAAAACGGCUCUGCUUGAGGGCCUGGAGGUGGAUCAGUACAUGUGGGGCAUCCUGAACGCCAUCCAACACUCCGAGUUUGAAGAGGUCACCAUUGACCCCACAUGCAGCUGGCGGCCAGUCCCCAUCAAGUCAGACCUACACAUUAAAGAUGACCCAGAUGGCAUCCCCUCCAAGCGGUUCAAGACCAUGAGUCCCAGCCAGAUGAUCAUGCCCAAUGUCAUGGAAAUGAUCGCAGCCCUGGGCCCCGGCCCAUCCCCCUACCCACUCCCGCCUCCACCGGGGGGCGCCAACUCCAACGAUUACAGCAACCAAGGCAACAACUACCAGGGCCAUGGCAACUUUGACUUCCCCCACGGAAACCCUGGCGGGACGUCCAUGAACGACUUCAUGCACGGCCCCCCCCAGCUCUCCCACCCCCCGGACAUGCCCAACAACAUGGCCGCCCUCGAGAAGCCCCUCAGUCACCCCAUGCAGGAAACUAUGCCACACGCUGGCAGCUCUGACCAGCCCCAUCCCUCCAUACAACAAGGUUUGCACGUCCCACACCCCAGCAGCCAGUCAGGGCCUCCAUUACAUCACAGUGGGGCUCCUCCUCCUUCCCAGCCUCCCCGGCAACCGCCACAGGCCGCUCCUGGCAGCCAUCCACACAGCGACCUGACCUUUAACCCCUCCUCAGCCUUAGAGGGUCAGGCCGGAGCCCAGGGAGCAUCCGACAUGCCGGAGCCUUCGCUGGAUCUCCUUCCAGAACUCACAAAUCCCGACGAGCUCCUCUCGUAUCUGGAUCCUCCCGACCUGCCAAGCAAUAGUAACGAUGACCUCCUGUCUCUCUUUGAGAACAACUGAAGCCCGCCCUCCACUGGGGCCGUCCCUCCCCACUCUGCCUCCUUCCCCGUCUGCCCCCCGCACACUUUACUGCUGGGAGCCCGUGCCCUCAGACUGCCCCUGCUGCCUUCUCAGAGUGGAGGGGCAGGAGGGUGCCCUGGGAAGGCUGUGUGGGUCUGGCGCCCGUGCCCAGAGCAGGCCCUGAAGAUGAGCCUCGCCGUGGGGAACUGGCCCGGCGAGAGGGCACACGCUGACGAAGCCUUCCUGGUCCCUCUGUGUGUGCUGAUUCCAAACAACCCUCCAGUGCCCCCCGAGGUUCUUCCAGUUUCUAAACUGUAACCCUGCCUCCCUGCUUCCUGGCCCAGAGCCUCCUUCAAGUGACUGAGCCUGAGAGAAGGCGCCCCGAGACCCAGGCAGGCCCCAGCCUUGGAGGAGCAGUGACGGUUGGCGGCAGUGAGAACGGCCCACCACCACCACCACCACCACCACCACCACAGAAAAGCACAAACCUCUGGGAAAGAGAACUCUCUCAGGGGCCAAGGUCGUUGCUUUGACCCCUGACCUCUAAGCCAAGAUACCCUGUAAACACUCUCUCUCAGAAAGCAGAGGAAAAAAAGGACAAGCUUCUGUGUUUGAGAGAGGGUGUGCCAUUCCUGCUUGGGGACUGGUGGGAAGUGGGGUCAGGGCCUCCUCAGAGCCAGGACAGUGCAGCUGUGCCCCACGACCUCUGGACUCAGUCCAGGGCCCGGCCUCGGAGAGCAGAGGGAGGGUGUGCCCAGCUGAAGUCAUUGUGCCCUUAGUUGAGGGGUCCAGGGGAUGCCGCCAGCCGGAGUCAGAUAGGAACGGCAACUUAGAACUUUGCUCCAAGCCACUCCCUGUUUUAAAGUGACAACUUAAUUAAGCUACGAGGUCAUCUGAGAAAAGGGAUGGUAGACUUGGACGGCAAGCAAACCAUUUCUCUCCACGCCUCCUUGUUUCCUCCCUCUUUGCCCCCACCCACGUCUCCCAGACUGUCACGGGGGACACCCGCUUCCCUCUGUCCCAGUUCUGCUGCGCCCACCCUGACAGGCGGGUGGACUGGUGGAGAGGCGCAGGCACCUGUGUGGGCGUGGCAGCAGGCAUCUCCCUGGCCCCACCGUCCCUGCUGUCCCUGUGCUCAAGGCUGCCCCGGCUGCACCCCAGUCCGUCACCACACGUGCCGGGGUGUGCCCUCCAGCAUCACAUGCUGUGUCUGUGCCACACUUGGCUGCCGGCCUCUCCUUCCCUCCUUCCCAAAGCUGCCCACACUCCUGCUCGCUGGGGCAGAAGCAGCCUCUGGUUUUUCCCUCCACUGCCUCGCUCCAUCCGGCUUACUGCUCUCGGAGUCUCCUGGGUAGCUUGGGGGGCGUCCGUCUUGUCUGGGGGUCCUCCAUGUCCCCCUAAGCCGCAUGGCCUGUAAUGCUGCUGGGCCAUCACUUGGGUCACAUAUGUGAAUUCGUUGCGCCCUUCCCUGCUGCUGCCUCGGGCCUCCUGCUUCCCGUCCACUGUCCGUGUUCUUGAUCUCCGUCUCCCCCUGUGGCGGGCAGCCCCCGGCACUCCUCUGGAUCUGACCGGGACAGUGGCCCCAGCUGUGGAUUUCCAGUCACUGUAUCAGACGGCCGGCACCAGGUUUUCUGUAGGGAAGCUGCCAUUGUCCCCCACCCGCACCCCCGUUUCCUUUGUCCUGUUUCUCGAGGUUUUUCCAAACAGCGUGGUGUUCAGUAUGCAAAUCAAUUAUUUUAAGAAUUGCUUUUGUAAAUAUCUUUGUGAAUAUUUUAGUAUUGUCUUUGAUAAUAUUCAACAUUUUCAUGACCUGGUUAUAGCCUUUGCUGGUGUUUUUAAAAUACCUUGACUCCACAACAAGACCGAGUCCUUUUUUUUAAAAAACAACAAACAAAAACAAAAUAGCAACCAGGGCUCUUUGUACAGACGAAGGGACAAAGUGCAUGGGUGGCUGUGCCCCGAGUUCCAUCAGGCCGCCCACUGUGCAGAGCCAUCCCCAGUUGGCCGGUGGGGACAAGACGAUGCCAGGUAGCAUGUGGCCGUCCUUGCCCAGUGGCCAUAGCCCGUAGCCACACUCUCGUGUGAGGCCAUCUGGGAAUGUUCUGCCCCAGACAGACUUACAAAUGCCUUCCUUAGAACUUCCUGCUUCCUGCUGUGCUACUUCUUCCCAGAAAGGCCUGGGGUCCCUUCUGGUUCUUAUCGGGUGUCCCUACUCUGCUCACCAACCUACCCACAGCUUUCUAGGACAGAGGGCCGAUCUGCUCCCCACAGCCCAGGCUCCGGGUGCCUCCCCAACCAGCUGUGAGGAAGCCAGGGCUCGGCACCUGCGGCGGGUUUCCUGGGGCCCCCUCCCAAGCGAACCUCCACCAGCAAGUUGGACAAAAAGCUUUUCCUGAACCAUGGUGCCUGCAGCCUGUGCUCUGGGGACGUCCUCUCCCAGAGUGAUUUUGGAGCCAGGCCAGGGGGUGAGGGAGGCCGAAAGUGCCCGGGGCCGGAGAGAGGCCCGGCUGGUGACAGAUUCAGGCCACGACAGCCUCCCCAAGCAAGGGCGCUUCUGAACUCUGGUGGAUGCUGCCCUCAUCCUUUUGGACGACUACUUGGAGCCAUAAGUAACCUCAGCAAAAACGAGGCCUCUGCAAGCCACUUCUCUCUGACAAGCAUCCACCCAGGCCGUAGACACGUUUCUGCUGCCACUCCACAGGAGGGGGCCAGGGCACCAGCGGGCAGGCAGGAAGGCCCGAGUCCAGGCAAUCACCCCAUCUUCUUGGUUCGAAGCUUUACCCGUGUAUCAUGUUCUUUGUAGCCAUUUUAUUUUUUAAGAAACUUCUACUACUUUCUCCCUGAGGAAAGCCCUAACCACCCCCGCCCCCACCCCAGAGAGCUCCACGUCUGCUCCCUCGACCUGACCAUCUAGACAGGACGAUGUCAGCAGCAGCGACUCAAGGGACGUGUGUACAUAUGUAAAUGAGAAAUAGAGACACGUUAACAGAUGCAUUCAUUUCCCUUGGAAUGUGUAUUGUUUUUAUUUUACGGAACAAAACAAAACAAAAAAAAAAAGGCUUGGAAUUCCAUCUUAAUGUGGAAAAACUAGAUGCUGUUAGCGUUUGUGAGGUCUCUCUCCACAUUUGUCUUAUGUAAUAUACUCUGACCCUGUGUGGAAAGGAAUUUUUGUUCUGUUUUGUUUUUUAUUUUCCCUCCAUGUACUAUUUCGCUUCAGUGUACUGGUCCUGCCACCUGUGUAUUUUUAGGGUGCUAUGGAAAUAAUGAAAAGAAAUGGGGAUUUCAGAAGAAAAUUGUAACCAAAUUCAUACUUUGUAUAAUUUUUGAUAUCAUGAUUGCAGGUGAUUCACGUCCACACAUAGACACACCCACAGCGCAGCCUGAAGUAACUCCCACAGAAACCGUCAUGGUCUCUGUACAUCUACGUACAAUGCAACCAUUUCAAACUUUAAACUGGUCAGAAACCUAAUUGUGAUUUCUAGUCUUGCAAAGCUGUAUGUAGUUAGAUGAUGUGACAACCUCUAAUAUUUAUCUAAUAAAUAUGUAUUCAGAUGAAACCUGUAUAUUAGGUGUUCAUGUGGUUAUUUUGUAUUUAAAGAUCAAAUUAUUUGACUAUUGCUAGACAUUUCUAUACUCUGUUGUAACACUGAGGUAUCUCAUUUGCCCAUGUUAAUUGUUUUCUAAAUAAAUUGACAAAAAAUGAA